AUGUCUGCUCGUUGGCACCCAAACAGUCCUCAACAACACAUCGUUCUACUCAUUAAUGAUAAUAGUUUGAGAAUAUUUGACAUUCACGAGGAGGAGACCCCCAUUCAAGUGAUUGACUUGUCGGCCACGGCUGACACCAAUACAUCCAUCCCUCACUUCGGUGUGUCUGCAUUCGCCGCCUCAUUGGGUGACAAUGCGGUCAGUUUUGAUUUCGGGCCAACCAUUUCCAAAUGCUAUGACGUCGAGCCCUCUACUGUCACCUCUGCUGACGAAUGUCUCACUCCUAUAUACGUUCUCAGAGGUAAUGGAGACGUUUUGCUCGUCUAUUCGAGUCUCAAAUACCCGUAUGUGUCCAACAAUGUGUUCGGACCCUUAACUAUGAGACCCCCGGCCGAAGACAAUUACGGGGCCGACGCUUGUAGUAUUGUUUGUCUCGAUUGUGUGCCACCAGUGCUAGUGAUCGCCACGUGUUUCGGUGUUAUCCAUCACUGCAUAGCCCUCGAUGGCGACAAUGAGUUGGACUCGAAGCACACAUUACUACCUCAGCCAACACUAUAUGUUUACGAGACCAUUGAGUUAUCGCUUUCACUCACCACAAGCCCUGAUAGCGUUCAAGACAUGAGCUGUACGUUAACCCUUCAUAAAGACAAUAUGAUUCCCAUGCGAUACUUCUGCAGCCAUUCGUGUGGACUUCACGCCAUUUCUUUCCCAUUCGUAUCUCAACUCAAAUCCAAAGACGAGAAACAAUUUCGCGAAGAGGAAUCAAUUGUCGAGCACUUGAUUUGCACCAAACCUAUAGCCGGUGGCAAUGAAUCGGUUGAUGACAGGGAUGUAUCGAUCGUUCCCUUAGGCGUUGGGAUCGGCGUUCAAAACGGCUAUACAUUUGUUUUAGUUAUGUUGAGUUCAGGCGAGUUGAUUGGACGUCGACUCACCCCUACAUAUAUCGCACACAUUUUCGAUGAAGAGAAUAACGGUCUCGAAGACCUCGAAUCCAAUAUAUUAUCUGAUAUUUCUGUACCAAAAGUAGAUUUCAAUGAAUACAUCAAACAAUUACUGAAACGCAAUGCAAGCGUUCCGUUACUGAAGUCCAAAGAGCCCACAAAUAAGGAGUUGUCCCACAACUUGGAGCUCGUGUUGACCGCAACCGACACUUUAAAAACCGAAUACAUUAAACGCUAUGAUUUGGUCGCCAAUGCUAUCGAGAAAAGAGCUAAAGUGUUGUCAACUGAUAAAGAGAUACAAUUAAAAGAGUUAAACAAAUGUUUGUCAGAAAAGGACUCAAUAAUGAACGCAUUGAUCGUUUUGGUCGACAAAUACGACAAAACUAAAGAAUGUCAGGAAUUGUUGACCGAAAGGAUCAACAAAGUGUUGGAGUGCCUGCAGUUCAAGAGGCCAGAGUUGUCCGGACCGGAGAUACAACUCAGGGAUGAACUGAAUCUGAUCAGAGAGCGUGUCAGUGCGCACCGCAUUCAACUGCAACAGAUUCAAGUGAAGUGCACUUAUCAGACACAACAUAACCUCCCGAUCGUCGACUCCACUCAACACACUUCCCAAAAGGGUUCACAUCUCACACACAAACCCAUUCCCACUCCAAACCAAAUUAAGGGCAUUAAAGACAUGCUAACCAAUCAGGGACAAUUAGUGGCAGAAUUGGUUCAAUCGCUUAAUAAAUUGAAUAAAAACGAAAUCGAAUAAUAUGUUUGUUU